AUGAGCGAGAACCCGUUCCCCAACCUCCAUCUGGUCGACCACCCGCUGGUGCAGCACAAGCUGAGCUUCCUGCGCGACAAGACCACCCAGACGCCGCUCUUUCGCGCGCUCUUGCGCGAGAUUGCGCUGCUCAUCGGCUACGAGAUCACCCGCGGCCUGCCGAUGGACUCGACGUCCAUCGAGACGCCGCUAACGGCGAUGGAGACGCCCAUCCUGCGCGGCCGCAAACCGGCCAUCGUCCCCAUCCUGCGGGCGGGCCUCGGCAUGGCGGAAGGGUUGGCGGAGUUGCUGCCGACCGCGCCGCUCGGCCAUAUCGGGCUCUACCGCGACCCCAAGACCCACCGCCCGGUCGAGUACUACGUGCGGCUGCCGGCGGAUACGAACCGCCUCUUCAUCCUGGUCGACCCGAUGCUCGCCACCGGCUAUUCCGCGUCCUACGCGGUCGACCUGCUCAACCGGAACGGCAUCGACGACGGCAACGUCCGCUUCAUGGCCAUGGUGUGGGCCGCCUCCCUCGACGAGUGCCUGAACGAGAAGGCCUAUAUCGUGCCGGGCCUGGGCGAUGCCGGCGACCGGCUGUUCGGCACGGACUAA